UUGUGUUUAUCCAUUCUCUUAUGAUGUUUUAUCUUUAUUCUUGAUGUCCCAAGAACAGCAUUUUCUAAGUACUUCCUUUAGCCAUUCUUUUAGGGUCAGUCUACUGGCAACAUAUUCUCCUAGUUUUCUUCAUCUUAGAAUGUCUUGUGUCUCCCUUUCAUUCCUGAAGUAUAUUUUUGCUGAAUAUAGGAUCUACCCAUUCUUCUCUUUCAAUAGGAAAAUGUACUUCCUUCUAGCCUCCGCGGUUUCUGAUAAGAAAUCUUACCAUUGAAUUGUUUCCCCUUGUGGAUAAAAUGUCAUUUCGUUCUUGCUGCUUUCAAGACUUUUCUCUUUGUCUGCAGUUUUUAAAAGGUUGGCUAUGAUGUGUCUUGGUGUGGAUUUCUUUGUGUUUGACUGUGAGAUUUUCCACUCUGCCCUAGGGAAUAAGCACUGUGCUUUGUAUCGUGCUUUUUCCUGCUUUGUGUAGUUUGUUCACACAUGUGCCAAUCAGUACUCAGUUGAAUACUUGAGAGAGAUCCUGUCCAGAUCUGUGUUCUCUCUGUACUCUUUUCUCCAGUUCCCUUCUCUGUGAGCUCUAGCCAUCUUGGUCUCUCCAGACUGUCAAUUUUGCCUCUUCAAUUCAGGCACACGUCCUUAGCCUGCGAAUUCUCCAGGUUUAAGAUGGUACAGUCAUAGUCGUAUGGCUCACCUCGCUUAAUUUUCCAUGCUUCAGGAAUCACUGACCUACGUUACCUGAUAUUCAAUGCCUUGAAAACUAUGUACUAUGUUCUAUUCAUUUUUUGAGUUUCUUUAGGCAGGAGGAUAAAUCUGGUCCUUAUUAGACCAUCUUGACUAAGAUGACUUUUAAUGGGACUAAAAAUCAGCAGGUGGAUCAGAUAAUACCCAGUUCAUGCUGGGCAGCUCAGGUUUCAUGGUAACUUGGUAUCCCAUGGUCCAGUGUUUAGGUGUGUUGAAUGGGAAUGUGGUGGGAAUCACUGCCCCUGCAUCCCUUAUAUCCUGGAUGGUGGCACUAAGCUCUGAAAUCCCUCCUAAGAUUGCUUUAGGUUUACCGUUUUCCUAGGUAGAGGCAUUUCUAAUGGUUUCUAUUUGACCUUUCUUGCCAUAAUAGCUCUCGUUCCAUAGUCAGGGAAGCAAUAAGGAAUUCUGCCAGCUAAGUAUGUCUAUUCCAAGUAUGCAUUCUGAAAUUGGAAAAGUAAACACAGGAAGGUUCAGGGACCCAUUGGACCCACUGUGAAAUUGACCUGAGCUCAAACUCCAUCGAUCACCUGACCUUCCUGAGCCCCUGCUCUGAUUGGUUUUGGGUCUCCUGGAAUUAGUGUCAAUUCAGACCCAGUUUCUAGUAAUCCCUGAAAGGUCUGAAUAUUUCCUGUUCCCCACUUCACAGUUACCCUGGUAAAAGGCAGUAGGUCCCUUUGAGCAAGGCUGGGAGGAAUAAUGGCAGUAUACAUUUUCAAUAAUGUACUUCAAGAAGAAGGAGACACCCCCUUCAUUCAAAGGAUUCUGAGUCUGUAAACUUGCUCAAGUCAAUGAACGAUUGAGGAGUCCCUGAUCCUGUUUUUAUGAUUCAAGUUAGACUUUUGUUCACCGGUGUAGAACUUUCCUGCUUGUAUAGAACAGGAAUUGGUUCAUGUGAUCAUGGAGGCCAAGAAGUCCCACAAUUAGUCAUCUGCAAGCUGGAGAACCCGGCCAGUGGUGCAAUUCAAUCUGAGUCCAAAGGCCUGAGAACCAGGAUCUUCGAUGGCUGUACUGGCUUAAGCCAGGAGAGCAAAUUUGCCCAUCUGCAUUUUUGUUCUCUUCAGGCCUUCAAUGGAUUGGAUGGUGUCUACCCUCAUUUGUGAAGGCUCAGAAGCCUCAGGACCUGUGUGCAGGACCUCAGUGCCUAGGCGAUGUCUAUCUACCUUAGCUCCUGUCAAGAAAGCUAAGCUUAAGAGGUUGGCUGGGAAAAUGGCAGAGCAGAAGGACCAUAAGCUUGCCUUGUCCCACAGAUACAACUAGAUAACACUCUCAUCAGCAUAAAUCACUCAGAAAAAUGAUCCGAAGACUGGCAGAACAAACUCCAAAAUUAAAAUUAGGCCACAUCAAAGAAGGAGACAGAGUCCUGACAUCAAAAGGGAUACGGUUUUGCUAUCAGUGUGACUUCUUUGAUGGAUUCAAAUGCCUCACUCACUUGAAAAAGUGCUGGAAGUUCAAUCUAAUGAUAUAUAACAGGAGUUGUACCAUAGAUCACUAUUACUAUAAUGAUAAAAUUACAGGGAGAUAUCUGUACCGAUAUACAAAACUGUCUUGUAAUCCUUGUGAAGAGGGAAUGUUCCAAAUAUACCAUGACUUACUGCAGAAACAUUUUGCUGCAAUCAUGCUGACUUGUGUAAUAAUGGCAAUAUAAAUAUGGAUACUACAGUGAAAUUUGGAAAAGGGAUAGAUUUGAUGGCUGAAAAGUCAUGAGAUGCUGGUAGAAGAAACAAAACUCCUGGAUCAGAGACAGAAGACUUCAUUCUCAUGGCAAAAGCAGAAGCCAGACUCCAUGUUGCUUUGCAUCAAUUCUCAAGUUCUCUGAGUCCCACAGGCAGUAUAGCUGAGGCCCAGAUGUGCAAGGCUAAUUCCACAAAAUGACUUGUAUCAUAUAUAAUAUGUACCGUUGAUCUCAUCAUUGAGGAGAAUUUUGAAAUAGAUGCCGUAGGGGUAGUGAAACUUCAGUUGGUGGCUUUGUUCUGGGAACACUGAGGUGCUGUAUGUCCCUGAAAUUUUAUGAUUAUAUGAUUUGGAUGAGUAGCGCAAGGACAGAUGACUGGAGAUCAACCAGCACCUUUCACAGAAAGCUGUACAUGAUAAAAGUCUCAGGAUGUUUGUUGUGUUUCUGCUGUGCAUUGUCUUUCUGGUCUGCUCAAAUAAGGGUAAGUCAUGAAGACAUGGGGAGAGCUGAUUGUUGAUUAAGAGAUGGGCAGAUGCUGAGGAAGGGGAAAUUUCCACAACUGGCUCUUUGGGUGUUGGCAGAUGUAUAUGAGAUUAUGACAAAGAAGGUUUUUCUUUUUCUUUUUUUUUUCCCAAGGUGAAUUUAAGGACCAUCUGACAGGUACAAUUAUGGCUCGUCCACAAUCUCUGGUAAACAGAUCAUUUAUGAUGUGUUUAGGAACAAACUUCCUCUCAGUCUUCAGAGAGGGCUGUAAUCCAUUCUUACUCUACAAUCCUAGGAGCUCUAUCUUCUCCCAGACCAAAUAAAUUUUAUAGGAACUCUGAUAUUUUGAUCAUAUACAACAAUUGAUUCACAAGAAUAUCAAAGGAGUCAAAUGCCAGAGAAAGAUCAGGAACCACUAGACAAUAACUCUGCAACAGCAUGUUAUAAAUGUAAAAAAUAUCAUCUUGGGUUAUGCUAUGACACCAUGAAGAUCUGCAUCCUAAAGCACCAACAGUCCUGUGCUAUUGAGAACCUUUACUUCCUUACGAGAAAAGGGAGAAGUAUGUAUUAUUAUUCCAAACUGUCAUGUAUGACCAACUGUGAGGACAUCAACUUCUUGAGUUUUGAGAAAAGAAGAGAGCUCAUCUGUUGCAGACAUAAUAACUAUUGCAACCUCCCUGAGGGAGUUUAAUUCUAUAUCUCUCCUGGACUUGGGGUCAUUCUUCAACUCACCAUCCCCUAGUCUCUUCCCCCAGACCUGUAUUUUGCUUUCCUCUUCCAACCACUGGUAGAGAGUGAGAGAGAAAGCCAGCUAGUGAGGUCACAAGGAGAGAGUGGAGGGUAGCUGAGUCUCAUUAAUGAUGGAAGACUAAACUAGACUGAAGUUUUGCAAAUCCCUGUUGCUCACAUCUGGCAGUUUGGAUUUCCUUAUGAUGGAAAUAGGGUUGCCACAAAUACAGUUGGGUUUGGAACUGGUUAUUUAUUA